AUGCAUCUUCCAUCCCACAAACUCCAGCUCCGCCCCAAACUUGCCACCGUCCUUCAACACUCAACAGACAACUCCAAUACCCAAACCCCGGAAGCUUCAGCUCCAGCGAAGAAAAAUAGCGAUCUCAACAUCAAGGACAAACGCAACAUCAAGAUUGGUAUUGUCGCACUUCGUACUGUCAGCAAAUGGACUGAUAAAGCUGCACUGACGCUGGAGAAACUCGAGGGUCAAAACACGUUGAAGCACUGCCAGGAGCGCCAGGCGCGCUUGGCUGCAGAGAACUGCGGCAGAACGAGUGGCAAAGGAACGCAGGAAACUGGAGUAUGGAGGGAAACGGUGGUUUACCCGGUACCUGCCCAGGCUAGUGUUUCCGGAGAGAUCGAACUACGCGACGAGCCAAAUGUGUACCAGAAAUUACAAGCACCGAGAAAGGAAGUAACUCACGAUACCGUUAAAGUAGCUGAGAUCCCGGGCAGCAAGGCUCAUCAUGCGCACGUCUUGACUACUGUUGUCGAGGACUGUCACGAGAGUAGUGAUGAUGAAGACGAAGGAAAAGCCUGCAGGGGUAUCGACAUAGACAAUGACACUGGAAAUUCAUACCGAUACAGAUGGGCAUUCUUCGAAUGUCUCGAGUGA